AGACAAUCCACUCUUUGAACGCUUGUCUCGUUUGAUUGGUUCCGUGGAUUCCGUCGAUAAUAUCAGUGGCCGUUGUCUGUGAGACAAACCCAUGAAGUGAUCCCAAGUGGUGACCGGAGAUGUCUGUGGACUCGUCUCUGUUUGUGUUCGCCCUCUUCGACACCUCCGCUCUUCUCUUUCUAACCGUUUAUAUCGUGAUAACAUUAAGUGACUUGGAGUGCGAUUAUCUGAACGCUCAGCAGUGCUGUAAUAAACUAAAUAAGUGGGUGAUACCGGAACUCAUAUCGUAUGCAAUUCUGGUGAUAUUGCUCUUAUUUACGAACCAUUGGUUCAUAUUCCUACUGAACGGACCAAUGCUGGCAUGGAUUGGCCACAAGUACUACUCCAUCCCGAAGGGAAACAUUGGUUUCUAUGACGCGACUGAAGUCCACAACAGAGGAAAUCUCAAACAUCUCAUGAAGUUCUCAAUGAUUCGUCUGGCCUUUCAUUUGAUCCAUUUCUUCAUAUACUUGUAUUGUAUGAUAAUUGCAUUGUUGACCAAUCAAUAGAUGAUCACUUCAUCCAAAAUCAUUAACUCAUUAAUUCUCGGAUCAAGUUCUCGGAACA